CAAAAAUCACUGUGGGGCUGUGACGGGCCAAUCGACGUGGCCGAACUCUGAUCAACUGCACUCAUCCUUCUUCCUUCCACAUCACCCAGUGAUGCCGUCGAUCUAAGAAUGCCAACCGAGAAGAAAACCGAGCUUCUCUUCCCCGACUUCCAUGGCGGCAAACCUCAGCUCUCUCCCGCGUCAUCCCACAGCCUCCCGUCCCUUCCAUAGCUGCUGCUCCAGCUUCUCCACCCUCCCUUCGUGGCGCACGACAAUUUCCUCCCAAGAUCCCCUUUUGCACCACAAUCGCCCCAUUUCCUCCUCUCUCCUUCCUUCUGGAAGAGUUCGCUUUCCAUUGCAAGUUAAGUGUAAUGCCCAGACUGUGGUUGCGACUGAUAUAUCACAGGGGACCCCUGUUCGGCCAACAAAUGUGUUGGUCGUCGGAGCUACGGGAACUUUGGGGCGGCAGAUAGUCAGGAAGGCAUUAGAUGAAGGGUAUGAUGUUAGGUGUCUUGUAAGGCCUCGGCCAGCUCCGGCAGACUUCUUGCGGGAUUGGGGAGCUAUUGUUGUCAAUGGUGAUUUGAGCAAGCCAGAAACAAUUCCUGCAACUUUAGUUGGCGUUCAUACAAUUAUUGAUUGUGCGACAGGGCGGCCGGAGGAACCCAUUAGAAAGGUAGAUUGGGAAGGAAAAGUUGCUCUCAUACAAUGCGCAAAAGCAAUGGGAAUUCAGAAGUAUGUAUUCUAUUCUAUCCACAACUGUGACAAACAUCCUGAAGUUCCAUUAAUGGAAAUCAAGUACUGCACCGAGAAGUUUCUCCAGGACUCUGGUCUGAAUCACGUUAUAAUACGCUUAUGUGGCUUCAUGCAGGGCCUAAUUGGGCAAUAUGCCGUGCCGAUACUAGAAGAGAAGUCGGUAUGGGGAACAGAUGCUCCCACUAGAAUAGCUUAUAUGGACACGCAGGACAUAGCUCGCCUCACUCUUAUUGCCCUGCGCAAUGAGAAAUGUGACAAGAAACUUCUUACCUUUGCAGGACCGCGUGCAUGGACAACUCAAGAGGUGAUAACAUUGUGUGAGAGACUGGCAGGGCAAGAUGCCAGUGUCACAACUGUUCCUGUUUCAGUCUUGAAGCUAACUCGCCAACUAACUCGCCUUUUUCAAUGGACAAAUGAUGUUGCAGAUAGAUUGGCAUUUUCAGAGGUGCUAUCGAGCGAUGUCGUUUUCUCGGCUCCGAUGAAUGACACGUAUGGCCUUAUCGGCGUAGAUUCGAAGGAUAUCAUGACUUUGGAAAGGUAUCUACAGGACUACUUCACAAACAUAUUGAAGAAGCUGAAGGAUCUGAAAGCUCAGUCUAAGCAGACUGACAUCUAUUUUUGAGAGGAAAUUUGAAAAUUUCAGCUUACAGAUGCAUGA